CCGGGAUUCUUUUUGUGGUCAAGCUGUCCUCAAGCGUUGUGAUGCGUCAGCACCAAUGAUGCGCCAGGGUUGGUGCUGACGAACAUCGAUCAAUUCGAUUGCUUGCGCCUGCUGCGCGCACCUUUGAAAGCAACGAUGCACGCGUGAAUUGGUUUUCGAAGCCAGCCCUUGACGAUCGAUCGAGAGAUAGAGAGACGCGAACCCGCCCGCCUGCCCGCCGAGGGCUUCCGGCCCCCAAAGCCUCCUCCAGGCAUUUGACCAAGCACAACUGAGCAGAACCAAUACGCCCGACAAGAGAACAACAACCCCCCACGAAGAAGAACCAGAAAGCUAGGAAGCGCAGCAAGUGACCGUUCAGGUCACACGAAACGUUGCAACCAUGAACGGCUACGACGAGAAGCACCACCUCGACGAGGACGCCUUCGGCCCAAAAGGCAGCAUCGUCAAGGCCUUUGACGCAUUCCCAAAGGCAAAACCGCAGUACGUCCAGCACACGUCGGCGGGCGGCAAGUGGACCGUGGCCAUGGCGUUCAUCUCGCUGAUCCUGUUUUGGUCGGAGCUGGCGCGCUGGUGGCGCGGCACCGAGGAGCACACCUUCGCCGUCGAGAAGGGCGUGUCGCACGUCCUGCCCAUCAACCUCGACGUGGUGGUGCGCAUGCGCUGCGCCGACCUGCACGUCAACGUCCAGGACGCCGCCGGCGACCGCAUCCUGGCCGCCAGCGCCCUCCGCCGCGACCCGACCCUGUGGGCGCACUGGGUCGACGGCAAGGGCGUCCACCGCCUCGGCCGCGACGCCCAGGGCCGCGUCAUCACCGGCGAGGGCUACACGGGCGCCGACCACGACGAGGGCUUCGGCGAGGAGCAUGUCCACGACAUCGUCGCCCUCGGCCGGAAGAGGGCCAAAUGGAGCCGCACCCCGCGCCUCUGGGGGGCCGAGGCCGAUAGCUGCCGCAUCUACGGGAGCCUGGAGCUCAACAAGGUCCAGGGCGACUUCCACAUCACGGCCCGGGGGCACGGAUACAUGGAGUUUGGCGAGCACUUGGAUCACAAUGCCUUCAAUUUCUCCCACAUCAUCUCGGAGCUCUCCUUCGGGCCCUUCCUGCCCUCGCUCGUCAACCCGCUCGACCGCACCGUCAACACGGCGCCGGCCCACUUUUACAAGUUCCAGUACUUCCUGUCCGUGGUGCCCACCACCUACAGCGUCGGCCACCCGGAGGAGCGCGGCUCCCGCUCCGUCCUGACCAACCAGUACGCCGUCACGGAGCAGAGCAAAGCCGUCCCCGAGAACACGGUGCCCGGCAUCUUUGUCAAGUACGACAUCGAGCCCAUCCUGCUCAACAUUGUCGAGACGCGGGACAGCUUCUUCGUCUUCCUCAUCAAGGUCAUCAACGUGGUCAGCGGCGUGCUGGUGACGGGCCAUUGGGGGUACCGCUUGACCGACUGGGCGAGGGAGGUCCUGGGCCGGCGUCGGAGAGGGCAUAGCGACGGCGUAUUGGGAAAGACGGCUCAUCUUGAAGAGUAGGCGGGUUGUUUUUUUUUUUCCUUAGAUAUAGACCAGAUAUAUAUGAGUGCCUUUUUUUCGGGAGGGUGAAGGGUAGAGGGAGGGGCGUUUGAUCAUCCAUUGUCUUUUUUUGAGCUCUAGUUUUGUACAGGGGGAGGGGGCGAACUGCA